AUGACUGUCACAUUGGACUUGGAAUCCGCUCAAACUGAUGCUCAAACACGUAGGAGUCUCUCUGACAUCUCACUUGCCGUUGCAAAAGGAAAGAAAAUCGUUGUUGUUACUGGUGCGGGUAUCUCUUGCUCCUGUGGUAUUCCUGACUUCCGCUCAUCUGACGGCCUUUAUGCCAUGGUUAAAGAACAAUACCCAGACGUCGUUUUGAAAGGCCGUGACCUUUUUGAUGCUUCUCUGUUUCGCGAUGCCACAUCCACAGCUGUAUUUUAUACCUUCAUCUCCCAACUCAAACGGUCCAUCGAUAAAGCAGAGCCCACCCAAACACAUCAAUUUAUCAAGAUCCUGGACUCGAAAAAGAAACUUUUACGAUCCUACACACAGAAUAUCGAUGGGUUGGAAGCCCGGCUUGGUCUAUUGGGGUCCUCGUGCCAUGAAGCAAAGUCUAACGGCAAAAGCAAGACUAAAAUUCGCACGAAGGAUGUUCGUAAUGUUCAACUCCAUGGAGACAUUCACCGUGUGCGAUGUGUGGCGUGUUCUGCAGAAUUUCCUUGCGAAGAAAAGCAUCUUGUAGUAUUCGAGCAAGGGAAUGCACCAGAGUGCCCCGAAUGUUUGCUACGUUCUGAGGCCAGGGCCGCAAGGUCAGCCCGUCCUAUCCGCGUUGGCACUUUGCGCCCUGGAAUUGUUUUGUACGACGAAUCACACCCACUUGGGGACGACAUUGGCGCCAUUCAUACUUUCGAUCUCGGUCGUAAACCAGACAUGCUCAUUAUCAUGGGAACUUCACUGAAAGUACACGGGCUGAAGAAACUUGUAAAGGACUUUGCCAGAACUAUCCAUUCGUCCACCACCUCUUCUACAGCGUCGAGUUCCAAGAAACCUUUCAAAGUCAUUUUCGUUAACAAGACAGCACCUGGUGCUGAAUGGUCGGAUAUUAUUGACUAUCACAUCUCUGGGGAAACAGAUAGAUGGACGAGCAAAGUAAUUGAAGACUGGAAAAAGAUGAGACCAGCCGACUGGGAGAUUCAACAAACUCUGAUAGAAAAUGAAUGCGACACUUCAAUGACAAAUGGGCUUAAACUUGGAAAAUCUCUUCUGUCGACCAAAGUGAAGACCAAAAAGGCAGCUUCCGGGCGAGAAAAUAUUCCCAUUUUACCCCCCGACUUGACACAAAAUGUACCUACUCGAAGCGAAAACUUGAAGCCUGUCCCUCCUCUCUCUCCCAGUAAACGUCAGCAAAAAUCCUGCCACUACAACGAUGUGGAAUCGAGUCCCUCAAAGCGCCAGACAUUGUCCGUUAACCGAAAUGUAAUACCUCAAGAAGAGCGGAAAAUGCUUUUUGCAGAAGCUACGAAUAAAUCUUCUGUGAUUGCCAAAGAUCCCAGGGAAUUGUCGCAGAUGGACAUCUCACUAUGCGAUUUGCGCCCACCGAGCAGAUCUCGUAAAACUUCGACAAAAGAUCGAAAUGUGAAGAGCGUCGAAACAUCAGCGAUGGACAUCAGCAAGCUUGACUUGUCAAUGCACGAUGCUUCGAUAUUGUUAUCUCCGACCAAAGUACCAUCCAAAGCCAAACGUCCUGUAAAGCAGCAUACAGUAACUUCAAGACCUGUCCGACGGUCCGCCAAUGUUGGUGCAGGCAAGCGUGUCUCAAGGAAGCGGCCAGAAGUUGUAUGA